UGCAUACAGCUGUGGGAGUGUGGGCCUGUGUGGUGGUGCUCUGGGUGUGGCCAGGAGGCCUCCAUGGAAAGCUGAAGGUGUACACUGGGGAAGUGUGCUUCAGUGCAGAGUGCCUCUGUGAGGGCUACAGAACCCAGGCCACAGUCUCAUUUGCCAGCAGGCCUCUGGGGAUUCAUAAUUUUACAACUCUUACCUGGGCCAGCCCCCCAGAUCUCCUGCUCCUCCUAAACUCUACAAACUCUGAGGUUACAGCCCAAGUGGGUGGCAAGGGGCCAGGAAGCUACAGUUGUGCUCCAGGCGCUGGGAGUGUUGGUGUGCCCCACCCGUGAGCCCCUGUUCUCCAGCCCAGCCCAGCAGCACUGGGAGCUUCUCCCUGAGCUGCCCUGACACCAUUCUGCCCUUAGCAACAUUCUCCAAGCAGCACCACCCUCCCUUAGCAACUGUCUCCAGGCUUCACAAACUGUGGCCAGGCCAGCCCCAAGUUCCCCCUCCCCUCAUGUUUUUGUUUAACAGCAAAUAGUAACAAGGUCCUAGCUUGGCCAGCUGCACCCCUGCCUAGGGCAUGCACUCCUGCUCAUGCUCUGGCUCCCUUCUCAGCCUGGGGUGGGUCUUAUUGGGUCCUCAUGACCCUGAUAUAGUCACUGUCAUCAUUAAAUACCUGCCCAACCAGCAGCCUGGCCUUGCCCUGACCCAGCUUGGCAUGGAACUCCCAGGGAAGAGGCCUUCUCUGCCACCUUCACUUCCACCGAGGCAGGCCUUGUGCCAGGGCCAGACAAAGCCAUGGUCCCAGCUGCUGCCCUCACAGUCUUUCUGGACAGUGCCACUCUGUUCCCAGCCUGGUAUGAGCAUCAUGAUUUCAUCUUUGAACUCCACUCUGGGCCAGGCUGGCAUUAAAUGACAGGACCUUUUCUCUUAGGGCUCCUCCUCAUAGCUCUGGGGCCUAUUCAGACACUGUGCUGGCCCUUCUCCCCAGGAAACUCCUUCUCCAGCUCUGAGGGGUGGCAUGGCAGCAAGCACAGAUGUGGCUGGGCUGGAGGAAAGCUUCCGCAAGUUUGCUAUCCAUGGUGACCCCAAGGCCAGUGGGCAAGAGAUGAAUGGCAAGAACUGGGCCAAGCUGUGCAAGGACUGCAAGGUGGCUGACGGAAAAGCUGUGACAGGGACUGAUGUCGACAUUGUCUUCUCCAAAGUCAAGGGGAAGUCUGCUCGGGUCAUCAACUAUGAGGAGUUCAAGAAAGCCCUAGAAGAGCUGGCACCCAAGCGAUUCAAGGGGAAGAGCAAGGAGGAGGCCUUCGAUGCCAUCUGCCAGCUGGUGGCAGGCAAGGAACCAGCCAAUGUGGGCGUCACUAAAGCAAAAACAGGGGGUGCUGUGGAACGGCUGACCGACACCAGCAAGUACACAGGAUCCCACAAGGAACGCUUCGAUGAGAGUGGAAAGGGCAAGGGCAUUGCUGGGCGGCAAGACAUCCUGGAUGACAGUGGCUAUGUGAGUGCUUACAAGAAUGCAGGCACCUAUGAUGCCAAGGUGAAGAAGUGAGGCCUGGGAAGGCCCCCCCGCUGCACCCCAGUGUGACUGCUCCUGCCAGAGGCUUAGGCCUGGUCUUAAGGGGCAUGUGGAGCAGAAAGCCCGGUCCCCUCCUUGCUGGACCUGCCAACUAGCGCUUCCUGCUCAGCCCCACGGGGCCAGCCGACGAGGCCUCUGAUCCAGACUGCUCUGUGUCCCCUUCCCCUCCUCUCUUCAACUUCUGUCUGUCUGGGGAGAGUCUGUGUCUAUAGCCUCCCCACCCCAACCUAGCCCCGGGCAUGGCUAACCCCUGCCUGCUUGCCUCAUAUUUAAGCUGCUGCUCUGGCCAAGUGCCUAAUUCCUACCCAGACCUCAAUAAAAACACCUUUUAUACCA